AUGAAGAGGAAGUAUCAGGGAAUGGAUAAGGCAAAAAGGGCAUUAUUACAAACACUUCGCACCGAUUUUGAGACCUUACGGAUGAAGAUGGGCGAAUCAAUCUCAGAUUACUUCUCAAGGACUAUGGCAAUAGUAAAUAAGAUGCAGAUUCAUGGGGAAAAGCUGGAAGAUGUCACCAUUAUUGAAAAGAUCCUCCUCUCCAUGACAUCAAAAUUCAACUAUGUUGUUUGUUCAAUAGAGGAAUCAAAAGAUACUAAUGAACUUUCAAUUGAUGAGUUACAAAGUUCAUUGUUGAUUCAUGAGCAGAAAAUGAAUCGACAAAGUAGCAAUGAACAAGUUCUUCUCUCGUCUAACUACCAUUCUUCAAAAGGUGAUGGUAAGAGGAAGAGGGAGAGGAAACAAUUCUGGUGGUGGGAGGCAGUCGCACCAGAAAUUUGA